CUCUGUUACACACCUUGUGCUGUAGAGGGCAGUAGAGGCCUUCUGGCAGUAGAGCAGUACACACUGACAUGGAGUAAUAAAUAUCCUCAGUAAAGUUAAUACUGGAGCACUGAGAGGAGAAAUAACUCCCAUGGAGAAAGAUGCUCAGAUGCAGAAUGUUAAUAUUAAACACUCUCACACCUUCAUAUGAUAGUUUAUACACUGUAACUGAUCAGAGGCAUGUAGUUCACACAUUAUUCACACACACACUUCCUGUAGAGCUCUUUCUCACACUUCUAGAAGGGGAAAUGGGUGUGCUGUGAGUUUCUGCUUAAGGCACAGAUGAAGACACACAGCACAUUCACAGAGCGGGACAGAGACAGUAACAGUGUGUAACACGACAGGAGCGUUAAUAUCUUUCUGAAGUGGACUUGGUGUGGAGAUCUGGGAGUGUGAACUCAGGAUGAAGAUCCUCCUCAUCUUCACCCUCUGUCUGAUCUCAGAUGGAGGAGACUCCAAGGAAGUAACAGGAUAUUCAGGAGGAGGAGUCCUUAUCAAGUGCAAGUAUACUACAGAAUACAGAGAAAACCAAAAAUAUUUCUGUAAGGGUUCAGUACCAGGCUGUUCUGACCAAAUAAAGACAGGAGCUAAAAACGAGUGGAUAAAUUCAGGAAGAUUCUCACUGUUUGAUGACACCAAAUCAGCAGAGUUCAGUGUGAUGAUCAGAGAGCUCACUGUAGAGGACACUGGGACGUACCAGUGUGCAGUUAAUAAAGAUUUAUGGAAAGACAUUUACACACCUGUGGAACUGAAGGUGAAGGAAGAUCUGUCCUGUGAGAAGUCCAUCAGUAAGACUGUCCAUGUAGGAGGAGAUUUGAAUAUCAGCUGUAAAUACCCACAAUCCCUCAGGAGUGACCCCAAGUUUCUCUGCAAGACGAGGCUGCAACGUGCUGCUUGUUCUUAUAAAGAAUCUGUUAAAGAAAGCAGAAAAUAUGUAAAUAUGGGGAAAUUCUCCCUGUACGAUGACAGAGAAACACAAAUGUUGACUGUGAGUAUUAGAAAUGUAACUGAGCAGGACUCUGGUGAAUACUGGUGUGGAGCUGAAGCAGCCUGGACAUCUGAUCAUGGAUACAAGGUUUAUUUCACACAGAUCGACCUGACAGUUACUGAUCCACAUGUCCCAGUUUCAACCUCGAUAUCAACACAACCUUCAUCAUCAUCAUCAUCAUCCUCAUCAUCAUCAUCACCAUCAUCAUCAUCCUCUUCUGAGUCUACUCCAGCUUCUCCUCCAGCAGGAUUUCCAGCUUCCACUGUGAUCACUGUGUCUGUAAUUCUGCUGCUGCUUCUGAUUGGAAUCAUAUUCCUCUUUGUGAUUCUACAUAAGAAAUGCAGGAUACAAGCAGGUACAGCUUCUAUUGGUGAGAGUUCUGUCCAAGGCUCAGGAAACGACCAAGAGGUAACUGUCUUCAUCAGUGUGUGUGUUCAGUACCACAAUUUACUGUCUUUGAAAAUCCAUGAAAACAUUUAUAUGUGUUGUUUCUGUUUCUCUGUGCUUACUGUCUUUGAUUAUGAGGAGGUUAAAGACACCAGACGCCGGUCUGCCUCAGACGCUGGAAAAAUUUACUGCAAUGUUCAACUAGCCACAAUCCCCUCUGAUCCUCCUCAAAAUGUUUAUGCCAACAUGUAGUUGAAAUGUUUACUCUACUCCUCAAUUACCCACAAUCCCUCCUGAUCAGGAAAUCUACUCCACAGCUCAGUUACCCACAAGUCUCUCUGAUUCCUGAGUCAGUGCUGAUCAGCAGUUAGUUGAGGAAUCUGCUGAAGGCCUGAAUUAUUGGCUAGGUUAUAAUAAUUAGGUCUCCAAGCAUCACCAUCAUCAUCGUCAUCAUCAUCAUCAUCAUUCCACAUGUCCAUUCAUCCCAGUCAGUAUUUUUCAUCUUCAGUAACUGUGUCCUGGUCAGGUUUGUAGUAGAUCUGGAGCCUCGGGAACACUGGACGUGAGGCAGGAAUACACCCUGGGAGGAACACCAGUCCAUCGUAGCUUCUGGUAUUUUCUCUAAUUUUACAAUAAGUGCAGAUUGUGAUUUUUCUUUAAUAUGAUCACUGCUUGUGGCUAUAUUCAUCUUUGUAUUUUCAUCCAUUUUGAAUAGCUAUAUGAACGUAUGGUAUGUACUGAGUGUGGUGUGUAUUGUAUGUGUGGACUAUGGUAUGUUUGGAAAGAAAAGCAGUAUGUAUUAAUAUAUGGAGAAAGGUAUGCAUUGUACUGUAUAUAGGAGUAUGAUUUUAAAUAGUAUCUUUACAGAGAGUGAGUGCUAGAAGAAAGAGAGAAGUGGAGACAUUCGUCUUAUCUUAACCCCAAAGUCUCAAAAUCAGCUUGACCCACUCACUUCACUUUCACUUCACUUUUUUUUCACGUUGUUGUUCAUUUUUACUUUGUCUUAUAGUGACCACACUCAUUAUUACUGCUCUGCGUACUUAUAUCAGCCAUCCUCAUGCCCUCUGUUUCAUAAUCAAGAAUUCUGUCGUGUAUGCUUAUUCAGAUAAAAGCACAAAGUGUAUUUUUGCCAUUUAAAUGAUUUUUUUUAUGUUGAAUUCAUUAUGGACUGUUCACUUUUGAUGUUAUCAGCAGGAUGUUAUGCAAUAAAUAAACUUUCUCAA